AAACCCGGACCAUCAGCCCCCUCCCCACUCCCCCUCCCUGGAUCCGAUUCAGCAGACUCGCCACCUGUUUUCGCCCCCGCAGUCUUCUCCUGGGGUUUUGCCUUGCCCCCACAGCCCACACUCUUCCCAUUUCUCGCGUCUCCUCUGGCCACCACCAGGAGCAAAGCCCGAGCCGCAACGCCUCUCGAUCCACGAAUCUCCCCAGCGGAUCUGCUGGUUCCGGAAGGGUUUGGAGCGCGCCGGAGCCUGGAGGCGUCUCGGCGUGCGCGUAAGGUUGGGCCGUCGAGCUGUUUCGGUAGGGGAGGGGGAGGCGCAUGAGGAUUCGCGAGCUGGGGGACGGCGACGGGAGGCCGGUGGAGGGGGAGGAGCAGGAGGACGCCUGGGCGGGCGGCGGCGGCGGCGAGGUCGUGCGGCUGAGGGCCAAGCGCGCGCUCGUCGGCGCCGGCGCCAGGGUGCUCUUCUACCCCACGCUUCUCUACAACGUCCUGCGCAACCAAUUCGAGGCGGAGUUCCGGUGGUGGGACCGCGUCGACCAGUGUAUUUUGCUAGGAGCUGUUCCUUUCCCUAGUGAUGUUCCACGUCUGAAGCAACUUGGAGUUCAGGGAGUUGUAACAUUGAAUGAGCCUUAUGAGACUCUGGUACCAAUGUCCUUGUACCAGGCCUAUGGGAUUGAUCACCUUGUGAUUGCCACAAGAGACUACCUGUUCGCACCAUCCCUUGAAGAUAUUUGUCGAGCCAUUGAUUUUAUCCACCGCAAUGCGUCAAAAGGUGGAACUACUUACGUUCACUGUAAAGCUGGAAGAGGACGAAGCACCACUAUUGUUUUGUGCUAUUUGAUCAAAUAUAGGAACAUGACCCCUGAAGCAGCUUUGGAUCAUGUACGAUCCAUUAGGCCCCGAGUGCUUUUGGCACCAUCACAGUGGCAGGCUGUUAUUGUAUUUAGCACUCUCACCACUGGACGUCUUCCAGUAAGGAGUACAAACCUAAACUGUUACCUAGAAGGCACCAAAGCCUCCAUUCCUGACAGUGAUAUCGAGGACUGCACUGUGGAGUUCGAUUAUGAUGAUAGCGGUUUACCUCUUUGUCAAGUUAUGGUACCGAGGCCAAGCAGUCCGACUGGGUGUGUCGAUGCAGUGUUCAUAACGGAAGCAGAUCUGGAGGGCUAUGAUGCAUAUGUUGAUACCGGGAAGGAUGUUGUGUCAUUUGAAGUAGUAGCGAGUCGCAAGCCCAUUAUGAGGAGACUAUCUUGCCUCUUUGGAUCAUUGAAAGUUACAAGCAACUGUGAACCAGCCCCAAACCGAUUUACCGAGGUUCGCGCCUGCUAGGCAGGCCUGCUACUCGCUUUAUGCAAUUUUCUCCGUGUUGUGAGUCAAGAUAUAUGGGACAUUAGUAGAUAGGCAAGCAGUCAGCCAGUCAGGCAUCGUAGAAAUAUGGAGGUUUCUACAGCCACGGCAAACGCCACCGGGAAGAAGCUUUGUGUGCAUAGGGAGAUGGAGAGUUUAGAGUUGUGAAUGUGCCGAUUGCCUUUUUUUUUCACUCGGAAACAUGUGGUUUGAUUUCACCAUUGUUCUUUGGAAUAAAAAGCUGAUCAUGUUUGGUGUCAGUAUAUUUCAGUUA